AUGGGUAAUGACUCAGAACUCCUUGCCUCGUUUCUACAACGUCUCUCUUCUACUUUCAAAAUACGGGACUUGGGCACCCCUAGUUUCUUCCUCGGCAUUGAAAUGCUACUCGUUGAGGGUGGUUUGCUUCUCUCUCAGUGCCAUUAUAUGGAUGAUAUCUUAAACCAUGCCCGCAUGUCUUAUUGCAAACCACCAUCCACUCCAGCGGCUCUUACACAAGCCACAUCGCCUACAACUAAGCUUUUUGAGAAUCCCACACAGUAUCGUCGACUUGCCGGGGCUCUCCAGUAUCUAACCAUUACUCGACCUAAUCUCUCCUAUGCAGUUAAUUGA